AGUCAAGCCUAGCUCGGCGGCGCGUAGCCAGUUGCUGAGCCAGUCUGCGACACCGAGACGCCUUCGCCUUCCCUCCCCGGAGACACCCAGGCCUUCCAAGGACCCCCAAGGACUUCCAAGGACAUUCCAACAUGAGGGAGUGCAUCUCGGUCCACAUCGGGCAGGCGGGCGUGCAGAUCGGCAAUGCGUGCUGGGAGCUGUACUGCCUGGAGCACGGCAUCCAGCCCGACGGCCAGAUGCCGUCCGACAAGACGCUGGGCGGCGGCGACGACUCCUUCAACACCUUCUUCAGCGAGACGGGCGCCGGCAAGCACGUGCCGCGCGCCGUGUUCGUGGACCUGGAGCCCACCGUGGUGGACGAGGUGCGCACCGGCACCUACCGCCAGCUCUUCCACCCGGAGCAGCUCAUCACGGGCAAGGAGGACGCCGCCAACAACUACGCGCGCGGCCACUACACCAUCGGCAAGGAGAUCGUCGACCUGGUGCUGGACCGCAUCCGCAAGCUGGCCGACCAGUGCACCGGCCUCCAGGGCUUCCUCAUCUUCCACUCGUUCGGGGGCGGCACCGGCUCUGGCUUCACGUCGCUGCUGAUGGAACGCCUCUCCGUCGACUUCGGCAAGAAGUCCAAGCUUGAGUUCUCCAUCUACCCGGCGCCGCAGGUGUCCACGGCCGUGGUGGAGCCCUACAACUCGAUCCUGACGACGCACACCACGCUGGAGCACUCGGACUGCGCCUUCAUGGUGGACAACGAGGCCAUCUACGACAUCUGCCGCCGCAACCUGGACAUCGAGCGGCCCACCUACACCAACCUGAACCGCCUCAUCGGCCAGAUCGUGUCCUCCAUCACGGCCUCGCUGCGCUUCGACGGCGCGCUCAACGUGGACCUCACCGAGUUCCAGACCAACCUGGUGCCGUACCCGCGCAUCCACUUCCCGCUGGCCACCUACGCCCCGGUCAUCUCCGCCGAAAAGGCCUACCACGAGCAGCUGACGGUGUCCGAGAUCACCAACGCGUGCUUCGAGCCCGCCAACCAGAUGGUCAAGUGCGACCCGCGGCACGGCAAGUACAUGGCCUGCUGCAUGCUGUACCGUGGCGACGUGGUGCCCAAGGACGUGAACGCCGCCAUCGCCACCAUCAAGACCAAGAGGAGCAUCCAGUUCGUGGACUGGUGCCCGACGGGCUUCAAGGUGGGCAUCAACUACCAGCCGCCCACCGUGGUGCCCGGCGGCGACCUGGCCAAGGUGCAGCGCGCCGUCUGCAUGCUGUCCAACACCACGGCCAUCGCGGAGGCCUGGGCGCGCCUCGACCACAAGUUCGACCUGAUGUACGCCAAGCGGGCCUUCGUGCACUGGUACGUCGGCGAGGGCAUGGAGGAGGGCGAGUUCUCCGAGGCGCGCGAGGAUCUGGCCGCCCUGGAGAAGGACUACGAGGAGGUCGGCGUGGACUCGGUGGAGGGCGAGGUCGAGGACGGCGACGAGUACUAGGCGCCGCGACACUAACCUUUUCUAAUUUAUGUUCAUGUUCACAGUGUAGUGCCUUCAGGGAUAUUUAAUAAGUUCAUUAUUUGUAACCACUAUAUUUGUACUGACGAUGUUUUUUUUAUUGAUUUCAAAACGCUUUGUACUUCCUUUUUUUACCUGAUUGGAUAAACGCUUGCUGAAACCGGCAAGGCUGAGACUA